GCCGGGUCGGGCGUCGGGGCCACACGUCCGUCCGCGGGUCGCCGGGGCUGCGCGCGCCAUGGAGCCGCGGUGCCCGCCGCCGUGCGGCUGCUGCGAGCGGGUGGUGCUCAACGUGGCCGGGAUGCGUUUCGAGACGCGGGCACGCACCCUGAGCCGCUUCCCGGACACGCUGCUAGGGGACCCGGCGCGCCGCGGCCGCUUCUACGACGGCGCGCGCCGCGAGUACUUCUUUGACCGGCACCGGCCCAGCUUCGACGCCGUGCUCUACUAUUACCAGUCAGGCGGGCGGCUGCGGCGGCCGGCGCACGUGCCGCUCGACGUCUUCCUGGAGGAGGUGGCCUUUUACGGGCUGGGCACGGCGGCGCUGGCGCGCCUGCGUGAGGACGAGGGGUGCCCCAUGCCGCCAGAGCGCCCCCUGCCCCGCCGCGCCUUCGCGCGCCAGCUCUGGCUGCUCUUCGAGUUCCCCGAGAGUUCGCAGGCCGCGCGCGUGCUCGCCGUCGUGUCCGUGCUCGUCAUCCUCGUCUCCAUCGUCGUCUUCUGCCUCGAGACGCUGCCCGACUUCCGCGACGACCGCUACAACCCGGGGCUCGCUGCGGUAGCGGCUGCCGGCCCGUUCCCCGCUUGGCUGAAUGGCUCCAGCCCAGUGCCCGGACCCCUGUCUCGCAUGCCCUUCGAUGACCCGUUCUUUGUGGUGGAGACGUUGUGUAUCUGUUGGUUCUCCUUUGAGCUACUGGUGCGCCUGGUGGCCUGCCCGAGCAAGGCAGCCUUUUUCAAGAACGUGAUGAACCUCAUCGAUUUUGUGGCCAUCCUACCCUACUUUGUGGCGCUAGGCACCGAGCUAGCCAGGCAGCGGGGUGUAGGCCAGCCGGCCAUGUCCCUGGCGAUCCUACGAGUCAUCCGUCUAGUACGUGUCUUCCGAAUCUUCAAGUUGUCCCGGCACUCAAAGGGCCUGCAGAUCUUGGGCCAGACACUACGGGCCUCCAUGCGUGAGCUGGGUCUCCUCAUCUUCUUCCUCUUCAUCGGUGUGGUCCUCUUCUCCAGCGCAGUCUACUUCGCUGAGGUCGACCGGGAAGACUCCCAUUUCACCAGCAUCCCCGAGUCCUUUUGGUGGGCGGUGGUCACCAUGACCACAGUUGGCUAUGGAGACAUGGCACCCGUCACUGUGGGCGGCAAAAUAGUGGGCUCCCUGUGCGCCAUCGCUGGAGUGUUGACCAUUUCCCUUCCCGUGCCGGUCAUUGUCUCCAACUUCAGCUACUUUUAUCACCGGGAGACAGACGGUGAAGAGGCUGGGAUGUACAGCCAUGUGGACACGCAGCCGUGUGGCCCACUGGACGGCAAGGUCAAUGGGGGGUUGAUGGAUGGAGAGAUGCCUGAGCUACCACCUCCACUCUGGCCCCCCCCCUGGGAAACACUUGGUCACUGAAGUGUGAGGGACAGUUGAGGUCUGCAGGACCUCACGUUUCCUUGGAGGGAGGGAGGGAGGGGUAGAAGGGAAGGUUAGGGGGAGGGGUUUGGGUUUAGGAAGAACUAGGUUAAGUGGUAAUGAGUUGGGGAACACUGAGUCUUAUUGGGUCUUGAGUUGUGGUUAGGUAGCUCCCGUGGGUACUUCCUUAAUUGACGGUGAAUGGCCAUGAGUUAUAAUGAGUUGAUGGGGAGGCUCCUUUGGUUUGUACUACAUUGGGUUGUGCAAGACUUACGGAGCCUUUCGUGGUAAGUGUUGAGACAGAUUUGGUCACAUAGUUUUGUUUUUUAGGUCCUCAUUGGGUUGGGCUGUGUUGUUGAGUCGGGUGAGUCUUGUCCAAUUGCAUUGUGCAGGAUUCUGUAGUUUUAUGAGUCCCCUAGGGCCAUUUUGGAUCAAGUUAGGUGGUCACCCACGGCAUUGUUGGGACUGAGUGCGUGUUCAUGCGUGGUGUUGUGGAGUUGAGUUGAGACAUGUUGGAAAUUGUGUGGCUUUGUGAUUCUUCUAGGGCUAUGUUAUUUUAGGUUCUGUGAACUUGUGAGUCACGUAGAAAUACAAAGAGUCAAGUGAUUGAAUGUGAGCUUUCUAGGUCAUGUUAGGUUAAGCUGGGCUGGAAUGUAUGAUGGUCUGAGUCUUUCAGGGUUCUGUUGGGUUGAAUUGUGUAGAGUAACAUAGCUGGAAGUUUUGGGGGGCUACACUGAGAUGAAUCAUAUCCAACUGUAUAACCAUGUGAGUCUCGUAGGGGUAUGCUGAGGUGAAUUACCACAGGUUGUGUCAUUGUGAGUCCUGUAGGAAUGUUAGGUUGAGUUGGACUGUGCAUAUGGGCUCCAUAGGGCCGUGUUAGUUUGUUUUGCAUUUAGUGGUAGCACCAGGACCCAAGAAUAACAACACUGGGGAGGAAUCAUGUAUCAGGGAGAAAGUGUGGCGCUAGGGACUCUGCGAGACAAACAACUGACUUGCCCAGUGUCAUUUACUGUAAGGGGUGGGGCUGAGUGCUGAACCCCUAGAUUCAGUUGUUUGUGCAGAGGGCCUCCGGGUGAGCUAGGAAGAUGUAGACAGUCCUUCCAUUUACUCUACACCUGCUUCAUUUUGCCAUUCAUACCCUCUCUCUCUGUCCUCCCCUACAGUUUUGCUUCUAACCAUGGAGAUCAGAGCCGCAAGGGAAGGGGAAAAGGGAAGAAUCUGUACUUUGUACAGGCAUGAUGGGAGAGAAGGGGACAGAAACCCAAAUGAGGGGACAGAGACCUGGAAGUGAUAAAGACUCAGAGAAAGAGAGAUAGAAACCCAGAGGAGAGGGAGCAAAGACCCAAAGAGGGAGGAAGAGAGAUUUAGGGAGAAGGAAACAAGGACAAAGACCCAAAGAGAUGGGGAGAUGGAGACCCAGAGGAGGGGAGUCAGAAACUCCAAGGAGAAAGAGAGAUAGAGACCAGGAGUGGGACAUGGAGAUGGGGGUGUGUGUCAGACACCUGGAGAGGGACAGGCACCAGAGCUGGAGCCAAACCAGGGCACCCCCAAGAAAGAGAACCAAAAAAGGAAUAUAGAGAAAAAAAAUCAGUGCCUCUGAACCCAAGAGAUACGCAAAGUCUCUCUUCCACAGAAUCACAAAGGGAUCCCAAAUCAGGGAACCCCACCCUAUCCUCCCACAGCUCAGGAAGAAUGUCAGGUAAACUUGGGAGCUCUAUUUUCCAGGGGGAGAAACUAGAGUCUUAGGGCACAGGAGUAGCUUCCUGGGGUCCCAUGGCACUUCCCAGGAGCUGGGGUUUAUGGCAGGCUGUCCGACUCCCCCUGUCCCAUCAGCCUGCAGGUGUCCUCCAGCCGAGUUUCUCUGGAACCAAGAAACUGAGGCUCAGGGGGAGGAUGGGAUCCAAGGCAGGAAGCCAAACGUUUUCAGAGCGCUUUCAGUACCAAAAGGGCAUUUGGAGGAGGAGAGGAGGAUGCCUCAAUCACGAACACAUAGAGGGCUUCCUAUGUGCCAAAACAUCAUCUGAAGUCCUUUACUUGUAUUAAUUUAUUAAAACCAGUGGUUUACA